AUGUCGCUGCCAAGCACGCAAGAUCCAAAACCUGCGACACCCACGCCAACCAAGCUGGGAAGCAACAGGGACCCGAACACCAUGUCCAAGCCAACCACGCCGCCUGGCACCCUGGAUCCAAACCCCACCCCCAAACCAACCAAGCCACCAGACACCCUGGAUCCAAACCCCACCAACAAGCCAACCACGCCACCAGGCACCCUGGAUCCAAACCCCACCGACAAGCCAACCACGCCGCCAGGCACCCUGGACCCAAAUCCCACCCCCAAACCAACCACGCGAUCUGGCACCCUGGACCCAAAUUCCACCCCCAAACCAACCAACUCACCAAGCAAUCCGGACCCGAACCCCAUGUCCAAGCCAACCACGUCGCCAAGCAACCCCGACCUGAACCCUAUGUUGAAGCCAACUCUGCUGCAAAGCAUCCGGGACCCGAACCCAACAUACAAGCCAUCCCAGUCGAUCUAUCAGCGUGAAGCAGAAAACGUCCGAAACCCCAACCCGACGUACCCACAAACCACACCGAUGGACCAGCCAGACGUUCACCCUGAUUCUGCUCUCGAUUCGGCUGGUCAGAAUUCCCGCAUUGUAGAUUCUCAUGUGCAUGAUGGUAAAACAGCCAACAAUGAGGGUGAUCCUCUUACUCAACACUCUGUCGCGGCCCGUCUCAUAGAUGAUGAAACCGCCACUGCAACAGCUACCAGUGAUGGGAAUGCAGGGAGUCACCCUCAUCAUAGUAGUGCUGUUCCUUUGAGUUUGAGCCCCGCCGACAGCAACGAUGGCAAUCCCUGCCACCAACCACAUGCUGUUCCACAUCUCAAGUCUGAUGAGACUGCCUCGGCUAAGCAUGAUGCCGGCGCCUGCCUGCCACCAAAUAAUACUGCAUCCCAGAGCCGUGACGAAGCUUCUAUGAGGCGAUCUGACAGUGAUGAUAGCCUUUCUAUCCAGCCAUAUGCUGUUAGAUACCAGGAAGAAGAAGAAGACGGCAACAGUUUGCGCGCAGCAGAUUAUACUUUAACAGGGAACACACCAUUUGUUCCACCCACCCCUUCUGAUGACGAUGGCGAUAUUGAACCGUACGCUGUUGCCUACAUGGGGCAGGGAGACACGAUAUUUGUGAAGAAAUGUACAGACGGAUCGAAUACGUCGACAAGAAACAGGAAUGACAUCUCCGCCAGCUUGGAAGGAUGUGACUCGGCCAUCACUGGCGCCAACGCUUCGGCCUCUGCCGGGAUUGAUGCUCGGCAUGAAGCUUCGCUGAACCCAAACCCGAUGUACUGGCAAAACGCAUUAAACCCGAAUCCGAUGUACCAGCCAAACUUCGGACAACAACCUACUUGUGAGACCAAUGGAGGACGGGCGGACCCGGUCGUCUUUGGUGGUGGAGGAUCGGAACCAGGGAAGUUCACACGAAACUACGGAGUAGCCGUGUCUGCUGAUAAUGAGAUAUUCGUGACUGAUCUCGGCAACCAGCGAGUCCAGGUCUUCAGCAUGGAGGGAACCUAUCUCCGCCUCUUUCCAACGGUCCUGCCGGCUGGCAAAGGACAAAAGAUUGAACCCUACGAUGUUGCCAUGGAUGGAAAAGGGCAUGUUUGGGCGGUGGGAUACAGAGAAAAGACACAACAGGUAUUACAUGCGGUACAGUACAGCAAGAACGGCCUACCGACAACUGCAACCACGUUCGACGUCCAGCACCGGACUCGCUACCCGAGCAUCGCUGUGGACCUGCGCAACAACAACAUCAUCGUGGUGGCUGCCACACAGAUUUUCAUUCUACAGCCAACCGGCUCGGUCUAUCGUCGUUUCGGAGCGGCUGGGAGAUUGAAGGCAGAAUUCUCUUACGUCACAACCGACCAGGCAAGUAACAUCGUUGUCGUGGACACUGCACAGUCCACUGUCCACGUGUACGAUCCUUCUGGACGGCAUAGGGUUACAUUUGGAGGCUAUGGACAGGGGGAAGGGAAACUUCUUGUACCCAGAGGCAUAUGCGUAAACAAAACUGGUCACAUUUUUGUGGCAGACUGGUUGAAGCAUAAGGUAGACAUGUUCACAAGCAGCGGGGAGUUUGCCCGUACAGUUGUGAACAUUUCGUACCCGUGGGGCAUUGCUCUGGGCCCAGAUGGACAUUUGGUGGUGACCAGGAAGACAGAUAAUACCGUAACAAUAUUUCCACGCCAGGCUAUUCUGACAUCAUCAUAUCGCACCGUGUCAGUGCUGCAGCCAGGUGACGACCUCCUCAUUAGCUUCUAGUAGGUCCUGGUUGGAUGAUUGACAUGGCUGUUUAUAAGACUCUGUAGGACUGACACUUUUCUAUGUCACCGGAAGAUUCAUAGUCAUUCAGAGUCAGCUUCAACUUGUAUAGAAAUUCUGCGGGAUCUUUACGCGCACAAAAAGGACACAGCAAAAAUGAGCUUCUACUACUACAUAAUCAUGCAGAGCUGAAAAUUAAGCAGACUGAAAACUGCAAACCCACGUCGCUGGCACAAAGAAGUAAAAAGACAUGGCAGAAAAGACGACGUUAGUACUACAGCAAAUACCAAGUUUGCCUGAAUGUCUCCCUGCGCUAGACACUCCUGCCUACCGUCCCAUAAGUUACUCACGCUGCAUGUCUUUGAUGAAGUGUAACAGCGUCUGCGGUGGUAAAGUUGAACAAAGCUCCUGUCCCUGAAAAUAUCCCACUUUAGAUCCCGCCUGUGAGCAUCCUGGAUGCCUGUGAUCGUACCCCUCAGCCUUAGGGUAAGUAUGAUACAGAUGUACGUGUUUUAGACAGUCAUUCAGUCAGUCAGUUUGUCUGUCUGUAUGUCUGUCUCUCUCUGUGCUUGAGUGCGUGUGUGGGUGUUUCUAUUUGUGCAUACGCCCCCCAUCCCUAGGGAACAUGUCAAGUAGGUAAACUUUUAAUCGGUCGUAUUUGUUGAAUUUCGGCACGCAACUGCAAAUAUUCUGAAUUUAGAGAUCUCCAUUCAGAUUGCUACUUAUCUUCAACGUAUUCGCGUCAUUUUUGCACAUUUCCAUCAGUGGUAAACAACGCAAAAUCAAGCCCGAAAAGCAAUCCCCUAGUUCUCGGUAUUAGGUACUUUCAAACCGCAAACAAACUAUUUA